AUGCUAUAUCGCAUUAACGUUAAUAAAUUUUCUUCAACUACCGCUAGACAUAUUCGAAUUAAUAAUGUUUUUGAUAUGAUAAUACCAUAUUAUGCUCAAAAUGCUACUACCGUCACCAAAGUCGAUGGAAUUUUGACGGAUCAGAAGGAUACCAAAAAUAAAUCGCAUUUUCGAAAAGAAGUGGCUGAGAAGAUAUUGGAUGACAUCGAGCGGAAUGGCAAAGUUCUAAUAUCAUCACCACCAUUUUCGGGAAAGUCGGCGUUGGCGCAAUUGGUUGGAUUGGUCGCCAUUAAAAAAGGCGUUAAUGUUAUUGGAAUCCCCUUUGCCGGAUAUAUUGCAUAUCGAGAUAAACUCUUGGAGGUUGGGUCGCAAUCAGAAAUCAAUAUCUUUUUUUCUUACAUUCAAAAGUAUGUAACAAUGGAAUGGACGGAUUUAAUUGCAAAUCCUAAUACUUUAUUGAUCAUUGAUGAUGCUCACAAUAUAUAUCACGUGGAGGUAUGUCUAUAG